AUGACAGAAGUUCACCCAGCAGCGCAGAGGGUUUACAGAAAUUGUACAGGGCGCGCAACUCCAGGGUAUCACGACCUUGUACCUCGUAUAUCUCUCACAUUGCAACAUCCCACGCUCCUGCAUUCCCCUCGGCUUCCACUCUGCAAGGGCACGUUGAUUUCAGCUCGGUGCCGAGCGCCUGCCCACACAUUCCACGUGAACCCAAAACGUUCAUCACAGUGCGGCCGGGCCGCCUGGGCCGCGCCUUCAGAACAGCCAUGUGUUACACAAGAUCCUUCGGAGCUCGAGACUGGCCACUCUCCUGCUCAAUGUGAGCGUAGCCACGUGCCAAUGUCUCGAGCAAUCGAGCAAUCUCGUCCACACACUCUCUCACUCGACAUACCGUUGUCAAUGCGAUUCUCAGUCUGGUUCGGCACAGCACCAUCCCUUGCUUCAAUCCGUGAAGAAAGCUCAUGCAGCCUUCAACGCACGAGGACUGUUUCAGCGCAUCAUCUCACGCAGGAUUCAACAAACGCUACCUGGGGUCUUGCAUUUCGAAAUGUGUGCCUUGUAGGAUCUUCUAUAACCGGUGGGGUACUCCUCAAGGGAUAA